GUUUAAACUUAAGUAUCGGAACCGAGCCCGCGAGACAACCAUUAUGCACAAAUAGCUGUUAACUUAUAAAUUCCAUACUUGUCUAGACCCCCUUGAUCGAGGGAAUAAGCGAUUAAAAGAACCGCUGAAAAGUAGGAUAAAAGGCACAACCAGGUAGUAUUACAUUCGAAUGUUCUUUUACGUACCUAGGUACCUAACACCAUUACAGCUGUCAAAAUAUAUAGCACUCCCUUACUCACCAACAUUUUGUUAUAGCGUUUAUUCCGAUAUAAUUUUGGCAAAUAUAUUUCAUUUGGUGAUUGUGAGUGCAUUAUUACCUACCAGCUACCUCUUUAUAUGUCUUCAUUGAAGUACUAGUAAUAUACCAGGUAGUUACCUACCUAGCCAGUCGCGUCAAAGCCCACGGCGGCAUCCGAUAAGCUAUAAAAUAUAGACCCUAUCAAGAUCGCGCUUUUCAGAAUUGCCGACUCCAUUAGCCUGGGUAUGACUGGGAUCGCUUUCCUCAAAGGUCCCAAUUCUUUCGUACCUGGAUACCUGGAUACUUGUUCCAUCUCGAGAUUUGAGCAUAGUAAUUCAUAGUGCGAUAUCUAAUCAUGGGUUCCCAAUUCUCCGGAUCAGAUCUCGAUCUAGCUCCGCUCCCACCGAAGGAUUUUAUUGCGAGUUUGCGGACGGGAAAAAUCAGGCCUUUCGGGGGCGUCAAAGGUUUGUCGUCGGCGAUCAAUAAACAACCCCGGCAAGGCAAGAUCCGGCUCACAGCAGGCGGCCUCGAGGGUGACGAGCGCCAGUAUAUCAACCACAAUAGUCCGGAUAACGCCAUUCAUCAAUAUGAUCCCCGCCACUAUGAGGAAUGGAAGAAUAUCCUACCGGAACGUGCUCACAAGUUCAAAGUUGGCGCGUUCGGCGAGAAUAUAUCUUCCGCGCACCUCUCGGAAGCCAAUCUAUGCCUCGGAGACAAAUUCCGGUUGGGGCCCGACGCCAUCGUCCAGGUUACUAUGCUAAGGCAGCCCUGCUAUAAGCUGAACCACCGAUUUGAGUACAAGAAGAUGUCAAGACUCAUCCAGAGUACUGGAUUUACCGGAUGGUACUAUCGAGUUCUCCGGGGAGGUGAUGUCCAAGAAGGCGACCCGAUCGAAUUGAUUGAACGUAUCAACCCACGAUGGCCUCUCUUAAGAAUACACUCUAUCCUUUAUACGGACUCAAAUAACAUGGAAGCGAUAGAGGAGAUUAGUAAACUGGAAGGACUUAGCCGGGAAUUUCUUAAUUUAACCCGGAACCGACUUUCUAAAGGGAUCGAGAACAUGAACCAACGCCUCCUGGGCAACUUUGCUGUGCCAUGGCACUUAUAUAAGUUGGUUGAGAAAACCAGGCUCACUCCGAGAGUACAAAAAUUCAUCUUCGAGCCUGAGGAAUCUAACACGGACGUGAAAGAUUUAAAUUUCGGGCGCUUUCCGCAUGUGCGUCUCAGGUUCGGACCAGAUUCUAAGUUCACCAGAGCUUACUCGGUAGUGUCGGGUGAUAUGAGAUCAUUCGAGCUGGGAAUCGCGAAAGAUGAUGAUUCAAGAGGUGGAUCGCUAUAUCUACACGAUGACUUUAAGAUUGGCGAUAUUCUAGAGGUAGCCAAGGGACACACUGCAGUCAUUCCUAUAAUAACUAGCGACCAAAUCGAUACACCAACAAGGCACAUCUUUAUUUUAGGUGGCAUUGGUGUCACCGCCUUCAUUGGCGAGAUUAGGGCCCUCGAGAAGAUAUCUGCCGACUUCGAGAUUCACUACGCUGUCCGUAGCAAAAAGGAGGCCGCAUACCUUGAUCAUCUACCAGCCAGCAGAACUACUAUUUACGCAAAGAGCGAGGGCAAACGCUUGGACGCGGCUGCGCUUAUUCCAUCGCCCGACGAUUGCGGGGAUAAUUGCAAGACUUUAGUUUACUGCUGCGGCCCAUCGUCGUUGCUUGCCGCCUGCCGUGACGCGACAACGAAGUUAGGCUAUCCCCGAUCCCAGACCCAUUUCGAAGAGUUUGGCGGUGCUGGAACUGGAACGGGUGACCCUUUUGAAGCCGAGAUUAAAAAUACCGGGGAGGUUCUUCAGGUCCCUCGAGAGAAAUCAUUAUUGGACAUCCUUAACGAAGCCGGUUUCGAGAUAGAGUCCUCAUGCCUCGUAGGAAAUUGUGGAACCUGCAUGGUGGAUGUUUGCAAAGGGAAGGUUGUUCACCAAGGUGUAGCCCUCGAAGACGAGCAGAAGGAAAGCAGUAUGUUGGCCUGUGUGAGCCGUGGUAAGGGAAGGAUUGUGAUUGAUUGUUAAGAGGACCACACCUGAAUUCUAGCAUGAGCGUUCCUUGAUACCAAUUAUUAAUCCUAUCUACACGAUCAAUAUAACUAAUUUCUACA